CUUUGCUUCUUGUCUCUUUCACAGCAAAAACCAUAUUUUUUAAUAUACCUCCGGCAGUAAUAUUGCUUUCUUACAAUCAUCAUGAAUCUCAGACCAACUUCAAAAUGCAAAAAUCUUCUAACGUUACACCGCUCCGCCAUCGCUACUGCCUUAAUACAACUUAUUCUGCUGCCGCAUUUUACUAUCUGCACUCAUGCGAACUAUUCAAUGAAAUUACGUGAAGAUUGCAUGGAAUUAAUAGCCAAAUCAAAGUGUCAAUGUUCGCCGGUUCUGUCAGACUUUGACGUCAAUUGUCCGGCGACAAAACCGAAAAUUUCUCUACACAUACGAUCCAACGUAGAUGUACGAAUACAAUGCAAUAACGCCAAAGAUUAUCAACUAUUACCUAAUAUGACUAUUGGCAAUUAUCCGACAGUACAAAUACAAAAUUGCCCAUUACCUGGGCACCUGUCGAUAGCAAGUAUCCUUAAUCAUUUGGGUAUACGGAAAGUGAACUCUUUGCUUUUUGACAGUAAUGAAUUGGGCGCCAAUAUAACACGUCAGCACUUUGGUGGCCUCACGGGUUUGGGUCGUCUACGUUUCAGUUCAUCGCGUUUGCCACAUAUGCCCGAAGAUCUAUUUUCUGAUGUAUCACUACGAAAUUUAACCUGGUUAGACUUACGAUCAAACAAUGUUGAAUUGCCAGUUAAUAUAUUUGUGAAUUUGGAGAAUCUUAAUUUCAUUGAAUUGGGUCACAACAAUCUCAAAUUACUGCCACCAGGAAUAUUUCGCAUGCAACAUAAGCUUGUUGAUUUAAAUUUGUGGAGCAAUCAGUUACGUAAUCUAACUAAAGAAACCUUCGAAGGUAUACCUUCGUUAACUUCAUUAGCCUUACAUAACAACGGCAUUGAGACUUUUCGUUUAGAUGUCUUCGAGCUCCUAACGAAUCUUAGUCAUAUUAAUUUAAAUGCCAAUCAUUUUAUAAGUUUACCGGAAGGUCUUUUUCAACAUAAUAAAAAUUUAACCGAAUUCUGGUUAAUAUAUAAUCGUGUUCCUUUAAAACGAUUACCCUCGGCUCUACUGGCCAAUUUGCCACAUUUGCGAGAUGUACGGCUAAGCUGCGACUUGGAAUAUGUGCCCGGGAAUUUGUUUAGUAAUUCCACGGCAAUAACUAAUAUAACAAUCACAGAUAAUCAGUUAGAUAGUCUGCCUGUCGAACUUUUGGAAAAUCAAUACAAUCUCUUAGACUUGGAUUUAAGUAAAAAUCAUUUGAUGACCUUAACUGAUGGUCUGUUCAGAAAUACCGCAAAUCUUUUGGCAUUAAAAUUAUCAUAUAAUCGUUUAACGGAGCUUACAAGUGAAAUCUUCUCCACUUUGCCAAAUUUGCGUUACUUGGAUUUAAGUAAUAAUUUAUUAACAACAAUAAGUCCAAGUGCUUUCGUUCACACUCGCAAUCUGCGCCAUAUUGACUUGGAAAAUAAUCGUUUGAGUUUAAGCGAACCCUAUAUGGAAUUAAUCGAAAACCAUGCUUCGCAAGAAUUUGGAUCACCGUUCCAAUAUUUAAGCGAAUUGCAUACAUUGAACUUGAAAAACAAUUCGAUUAUGUAUAUAUUCCGGGACUGGAAAUAUCUAUUAUUCGAGUUGGAACAACUCGAUCUAAGUUACAAUAACAUCACUACCUUGGAUUACAGUGAUUUCCAAUAUUUAAAGAAACACAAUAUUUUCUUGAAUUUAACUCACAAUCAGUUAAGGGCAUUGAACUUUCAAAAUAUAGCCUUUUUAGAUAUAUCAGAGAAAAAUAAGAAGAUCUUUAUGGAUAUAAAUCAUAAUCCGGUACACUGUGACUGCGUUUUGUUAAGUUUCGUGCAGUUCCUGAGAGGCGAAUUGGCUCAAGAUAUACGUGAACAAAUUGAUUUGGAUACGAAGUGGUUACGAUGCUCAGAGCCCGAACGAUUAAAAGGCAAAAUGGUAAGCGCUUUGGAUCCCAUGGAGCUAUUAUGCCCGUUCGAUCAUGAAGAUACGAAAACGAGGCGUUGUCCACGUGGCUGUAAUUGUUGGGUACGUUCGUACGAUUUAGUCUUGAUGGUCAUUUGCUCAAAUGGUAAUCUAACGAAAAUCCCGCCUUUACCAAGGCUUGAGCAAUUGAAAUUAAGUGGGACAGAACUGUAUAUGGAAAACAAUCAAAUUGCCAAACUGCCUUUAGCUAAAACACCCGGUUACGCCGAUGUCACUAAAUUGUUUUUGGCUGGCAAUAAUUUGACCAAAAUUGAAGGCCACUCUCUACCCGCAAAAUUAAGUCAUCUCGAUGUCAGACGUAAUCAGUUAACGCAUCUAAACAUUAGCACUUUGACAUUUAUGAACGAAAGCCGGUCGCUCUACGCUGUCUACCUCUCCCAAAAUUCUUGGCAAUGUGAUUGUGAGUCUAAGGCACUGUUGCAAUCAGUUCAAAGUAAUUACCGUUUAAUACCCGAUCUUUCAAAGAUGACAUGCUUCGACACAGAACCCCUGAAAUACUUUAACGAAUUAUCUAUUACCGACAUAUGUCCGGCAGAUAAAAAGCUUGUCAUAGCAGUCGCUGUAGCCAUUUCGUUAAUUGGCUGCCUUUUCGGUCUCUUAAUAGCCUUGUAUUACAAAUAUCAGCAGGAAAUUAAGGUUUGGCUGUAUGCCCACAAUAUGUGUUUGUGGUUUGUGACGGAAGAAGAUCUGGACAAGGACAAGAAAUAUGAUGCUUUCAUUUCGUAUUCUCAUAAAGAUCAGCAGUUUAUAGCUGACUACCUGGUGCCACAAUUGGAGAAUGGUCCAAUACCGUUUAAACUAUGUGUGCAUGUACGUGAUUUUAUCGUCGGUGAUUUUAUACCCGAUCAAAUAAUUCGCUCUAUAGACGAAUCUCGCCGCACUAUUGUUGUUUUAUCGCAAAACUUUAUUGAGUCGAUAUGGGCUCGUUUGGAAUUCAAAACAGCUCAUAAGGCUGCACUCAACGAAGGCCGAGCGAGAGUUAUUGUAAUAAUUUACGGCGAUAUAGGAGAUAUCGAGAAAUUGGAAAGUGAUCUGCAAGCUUACUUAAAAACAAAUACCUAUCUGAAGUGGGGUGAUCCGUGGUUCUGGCAGAAAUUACGCUAUGCAAUGCCGCAUCCUUCGAAUGAAGUUCGUGGUUUAACAAAAGCCGAAGGCCUUAGAUGCUAG